UAUGUAAACGACAGGACUGUCAGUAAAUCUCGGAGUAAAUGAACGUUUUUUGUUUUGUCUCGAGGACGAAAACUGGUAGGACCUAAUAAUAGUUCAUUAUUCCUCCAGAACAUAGGAACAAAUAGAUGGAAAACACGAUUAGAAAUCCUGCAGAACCAAAGCCUGCUCUCCAGCAAACAGAACAUUCUGAUGAAGAACGUAAAUAUCGAUAUAGAGCCGCUGCAUUCCUCGCCGGAGUUGCCGGUAUUUCGGCGGUGGUCGGUUUCAGUAAAACAGUAAUGACCGCCAAAAAAUCCGAUCCACAAUUUUUCGAAAAAGGUGUUCAAGGAACGAUUGCUAUGCGCGAAACGGGCGCCGGUCUAGCGCUAAGGGCACUUGGUUGGGGCACGCUGUACGCCUUCGUGGGCACUGGCGCCAUUUGCUAUGGCAUCUGGAAGCUGUCGGGAGCUACAAAUAUGAGAGAAUUUAGAGAUUCAGUCGGACAAUUAUUACCGAGAAUACCCAAAAAUGACCCACCAAGAAGUAGAACGGAAUUCGAUGGUCUUACCGAUCUUAUGAAAUAUUUGUCUACGUGGGGUAAAGAAGAAAAAUAGAUUUAGCAAAUAUGAAGUAACAUUAGAUAUAUUCAAAUACUUUUAUUUAUAAAUAAAAACUAAGCUGAAAUAAUUGUUUGACUGCAAUUAACACAGUUUAACAUGAUACACUUUGAAGUACGCAACGGAAGGAACGCAAAUUUUUCAUAUUAUUUGAAUAAAUCGAAUCCA